CUCGGGGCAGGGGGCGGGGCCGCCAGCGCAGGGUCAGGUGCGCAGGCCGCGCGCGGUGGCGGCCGCGGUUGCCAGGCGACGGUGUGUCUCGGCGGCGCCCGGCGGCCCCGGCCCGUGCCGUCCCGCAGAUUAUGUUCUUACUGUUGUUUUAGCAGAAUAUGGAGCAAUCAAACUAGAAACUGCGCUCUGAGCAUCUGCAUCGUUUGAGAUAAAUGGAGAUGAAUGGCUGUGUCUAGUAAAUGAAAAUCUCUGUAGGAAAGGGAUGGGAAACGAAAGACGCAGAACAGCAUGGCAUUUGAAGAAAAGCAUAUUGAGAUGGACCCGAAGAGGAAUCCUGGCAGAGUUGCUCGUCCAGCCUCAGCUGCAGUCCGGGUGACUGAUUUGAGUUGGCGAGGCAACCUAAAUCCCAGUCCGCUGAUUAAAGAUGACGGAGAGCUACUUAUGGAUGAAUACCUUUCCCCCAGGAAACUGAAAGUUUUGACAGGGGUAGAUGAUCUGCAGCGAGUGAAGGCCCUAGAGAUGCGAGUAGAUACAAGAGAGAACAGCUUGGGAAGCUUUGGUGCCUAUCUACCUAAUCUGAGAGAACUGAAGUUGAACAAUAGCUUGCUUGUGUCUGUGAGGGAUCUUGGAACCACGUUAUCCCAUCUCCGUGUCCUGUGGAUGGCUCACUGUGGGCUCUCAGAUUUAGAUGGUAUCUCUUCCUGCGGGUCUCUAAAAGAGCUCUACGUAGCCUAUAACAAUAUCUCUGACCUGAGCCAGCUGACCUGGUUGGAUCAUCUUGAGGUUUUGGACCUGGAAGGGAACAAUAUUGAGGACAUCAGCCAGAUGCAGUACCUGGGACUUUGCUGCAAGCUGAGACACCUGACAGUGGAGGGCAACCUUAUUUGUCUGAAGCCAAAUGCAGAAUCUGCAGAGGAACCAGAUUAUAAUUACAGAGCUGAAGUAAAAAAACUCAUUCCCCACUUGGAGUAUUUGGAUGAAAUACCAGCAAGCCAGACUGCUCUCCUUCCUUCCAAGAAGAUGCAUGAGGAUUGGCUAAUCAUCAAGGAAUCCAUCAAGGAAGGUGGUUUAGCUGGAGACGUUUCAUGGUUAGAUCCGUAUCUUGGGGCAGUAGCAAGGCAGACUGGAUGCAGCCCAAGACCCCUGACAACUUCCAGACCUGGAACUGCGCAGUGGUCUGCUAAUGCAGGGAGAUCUAGCAGUGCCCGCCUCUUGUACAGUGGUUGUCCUCUUCCAGAUCCCACUGUUUCUAAAGAGCUGUUCACAGAAGAUGACUCCAGUGAUUUGACACAUGGAUUCGGUCAAGUUAUAUGUGGGAACCCCACCAAGGCCCUGCGUGCAAGGAGGCAAAAGCUAGGUCCACUUGCAGUGAGCUCUUUGAAAUUGUGCCGUCUGAGGACAGAAAACAUUUGCGGGUCUGGAAGUGGAGGAGCUCUGCACCAGGAAGAUGUGUCCUCUGAACUGAGAGUACAGAGAGAGCAGCACAAGCGGUGCCUGCAAACAGGUCAGCAAGAAAAAGCCGCCCAAGCACUGAAGGUAACUCUUAGUGAUGAGGAAGAGGGUGAAGGCUGCAGCCUGACUGACAGCUGCGAAGACGAGUUGAGGGAGACCUGUCAUGAGGACCUCAUUGAAAGGAUUUCACUUGAUUCUUCUUGCCACUCCUGUCUCUCCCAGUCUUCUUCAGGUUCGUCACAGGCUCAGGAAGGCGCAGUAUUCUCCAAUGUGAACUCUUGUGUAAUUCCGUCCCCUCCAAAAAGCCCUUCACCUGCAUCUGUAAUGGGUGUUGCAGCAAGACCCUGGCAAAGGAGGAAUCACAGGGUAAGAUGCCUAAAAAUACCCAGCCAAGAGGAGGACAGGCAGUGGACACAGCGAUGCCAGUCAAGGGGUCAUCAAGAAAUUUCAGCCCAGCCUCUGGGCAAGGAACUUGCUCUUCUGAGCCAGCGCAGCAUGCCAGCUGCCUCCAGAUCCCAAGGGCAGCACCAGCCUGCUGGGAGCACUGGCUGGCAAAGUCCUAUUUCAGGACAAGCAGCUGUUGGAUCAACAAGCAUCAGGCCCAUCAUGGAUGAGAGCCCUCCUGGAGGGAUCAACCACCAGCAGCCAGCUGUCUGCUCAUCCACAAAAGCCUUGGAGAGGUUUGGGCUGAUGAACGCCUCUUGGCCCCUGACUGCAAGGGCCAUGCUGCAGUCAUUGCCAGACAGAUCCGCUGCCUCAACAACAUCUCAGAACAAAAGUCCCCGGUCCUAGAAGAUACCCAGGUGGCAGCGUGUGUUGGAGCCAUGUACACAGCACAGUCUUGAAGGAUCAAUGCUAUCUUUCAGCUUCUUGUGCAAGCUAAACACAGAGCUGUGCAAGUAGAGCAGUUCAAACAAAUGACAUGAUUUGCCUCAAUUAAGGCUACAGCUGGUCCAGAAAUGCUUUCUUUAAAGAGCACCCGCUGAUCAAGAGAAGAGCUAAUCAACCUCUCAUUACAGAAAAACGUGGUUAUUUUUUGCAGCCUACAUGCACUAAAACAGGAAAAGUCCUAACGUAUUUCCUCUCAUCCACACCAUGCCCUGCUCUGUGAGUCAGGCAGGGACGCUGAACCAAGCAGAGUGUGGAGCCUGCAGUUUGUGGAGCGCACUGGAGGAGGCGAGGGACACGGCAUUCCCUCUCACGCUCAGCUGCCUGACCUAGCAGCAGCACUGCACUGUAUCUUUUGCAGUCCUGGAUGUUUAACUUGCAAGGGACAAAGCCAAGGGCUUAAGAGAGAGCGUUGGCUGGAGCGGGGUGUAAGGGAGGGGCGCAUCGGCCAAGGAAGAGCCCAGGAAGGCUGGGUGGUUUCAGAGUUUAUGCCCCCACCAGAGCUCACCCCAUUCACAGGCAUCUGAGGUUCUCAUUGCCUGCAUCGCUGGGGGAGCAAAUACUGACCAAGUGGCUCAUCCCAGUAUUAACAUGUUUCUUUGCUCCAUAGCUACCUGGAAGGAUUUCUCUCGCGUCCUAUGGAUAGACAUUGCAUACCGGAAUUUCAUUAGCAGAGCUGACUACUCUAAGCAGGUGUCAGAGCAUCCCUUGCCUGUGCCUUUAGAGUCAGGCAUCCCACCUCUACUUUUUUAAGAUCAAAUAGACUUUCCAAUUUCAUAUGACUGGAUAAUUUUAAGUAAUGCUGCAGCAAAGACAAGGCAGGGAAGUAAGGGAGUAAUCUCUUGCUUUUUCAAUAGGGCGUUUGCUUUAUAUUUGGUUGAGAUUCAAAACAUUUGUUUCAGUGACUGCAGACUGUGAGAUGCUGAUCCAAAUGACUGUGCCUUACAACUUUAUUGCAGUCUGAAAUCAAGCGUCAUCACAUUUUUUUCCAGUUUAAAUUACUAUGUUAGAUAUAUAUUUUUA